GAAGCCGAAUGAGGAGGCGGCUUACAGGCGGCCGCGGGGACGGGCAGCCAAUGGGCGACGCGCUUAGUGCGGCGGCUCGCUUUUUGAAUCUGCGGCGGCGGCCGCUGCUGGCCUGGCCUGGCGCUGUUGAAGAAAGAAACGGGACAUAAUCAUGGCUGACAACAGUACGCUGAUGUCGGAAACCGGGAGGAGUCUCUUGGCUGAUUCUUCUGUUCUUGAUUCAAAAAUUAUAGAAACCUCCAAAGAGAAUGUAUUUCCUGGAUCUGUUUUGGAUGCUGAAGAAGAAAUGCCUCAAAUAGAAACAAGAGUGGUUUUGGUUCAGGAAGCAGGGAAACAUGAGGAGCUUCUGAAAGCCUUGGAGACCAUUAAGAUAAUGGAAGUGCCAGUUAUAAAGAUAAAGGAAACUAGCCCUGGUAAAUCAGAAGAAAAACUAAUAAAAAGUAUUAUUCAUAUGGAAAUUAAAGUGCCCUACAUAAAGACAGAUACGAUAGAAGAGCUUGGAGAUUCUGACUCCCCAGAAUUUGAGACAGUCUUUGUCGUAACAGACUUUCAAGAUUCCAUCUUUAACAGUCUCUGCAAGGCAGAUUGUCGUGUCGUUGGCCCGCCAGUGGUACUGCAUUGUGCACGAAAAGGAGAGCCUUUACCUUUCUCAUGUCGUCCGCUGUACUGUGCAAGUAUGUUGAACUUGGUACUCUGCUUUACGGGAUUCAGAAAGAAGGAUGAAUUAGUUAAGCUAGUGACCUUAGUUCAUCAUAUGGGUGGAAUUAUUCGAAGGGACUUCAGCUCAAAAGUUACGCAUUUGGUGGCUAACUCAACGCAUGGGGACAAAUUCAGAAUUGCUGUAAGCCUUGGUACUCCUAUCAUGAAAGCUGAGUGGAUUUAUAAGGCUUGGGAGAAAAGGAAUGAAAUUGAUUUCUGUGCAGUUGAUGAUGACUUUAGAAAUCAGUUCAAGGUUCCUCCUUUCCAGGAUUGCAUGUUAAGUUUCCUUGGAUUCUCUGAUGAAGAGAAAGCUAACAUGGAAGAAAUGACAGAAAUGCAAGGAGGACAUUAUUUACCAGUUGGCGAUGAAAGGUGUACGCACUUAGUGGUUGAAGAAAGUACAGUGAAAGAUCUUCCAUUUGAACCUUUAAAAAACCUUUAUGUUGUAAAGCAAGAGUGGUUCUGGGGAAGUAUUCAAAUGGAUGCCAGAGCUGGCGAGUCCAUGUAUUUAUUUGAAAAGUCAGAGAGUCCUGGCCUCAAGAAGUCUGUGUCACAGCUUUCUUUGAAUACUCCGAACAGCAACCGUAAAAGGCGUCGUUUGAAAGAGACUCUUGCACAACUGACUAGAGAAACAGACAUGUCACCUUUCCCUCCUCGCAAACGCCCAUCAGCCGAACAUUCUCUUUCUAUUGGGUCCUUGUUGGAUAUCUCUAACACUCCAGAGUCAAGCACUACCAAUGGAGAAACACCAAAAUCCUGCGCAAGGCCUUCGAAAAACUCAACUCCUCUUCCACUAAAGCAGUCUGCAAGAUGGCAAGUUGCAAAGGAAUUAUAUCAGACAGAAAGUAACUACGUUGAUAUUCUUACAACAAUUAUUCAGUUAUUUCAAGUUCCAUUGGAAAAGGAAGGACAACUUGGAGGACCAAUACUUGCACAGGAAGAGAUUAAGACUAUAUUUGGCAGCAUUCCAGAUAUUCUUGAUGUACACACGAAAAUCAAGGAAGACCUGGAAGAUCUUAUGAUAAACUGGACUGAAAACAAAAGUAUUGGUGAUAUCUUUCUUAAAUAUUCAAAAGACUUGCUGAAAACGUACCCUCCAUUUGUGAAUUUCUUUGAAAUGAGCAAGGAGACUAUUACUAGAUGUGAAAAACAGAAGCCAAGGUUUCAUGCCUUCUUGAAGAUAAACCAAGCUAAACCAGAAUGUGGCCGCCAAAGCCUAGCCGAACUCCUUAUCCGUCCUGUUCAAAGGUUGCCUAGUGUUGCUCUACUACUAAAUGAUCUGAAGAAGCAUACAGCAGAAGAGAACCCAGAUAAAAUUACUCUAGAAAGAGCUAUUGAAUCACUAAAGGAAGUGAUGACACAUAUCAAUGAAGACAAGAGAAAAACAGAAGCACAAAGGCAGUUCUUCGAUGUUGUCUACGAAGUUGACGGAUGUCCAGCCAAUCUCCUGUCUUCUCACCGAAGCUUAGUUCAGCGUUUGGAAACUGUUGCUCUUGGUGAUGACCUCUGUGACAGGGGAGAACAGGUCACACUCUUCCUGUUCAAUGAUUGCUUAGAGAUUGCAAGGAAACGUCAUAAAGUUAUUGGUGGUUUCAAGAGUCCCCACGGCCACACGAGGCCUCCUGCAUCUCUCAAGCAUGUUGUUCUGAUGCCUCUCUCCCAGAUCAAAAAAGUCCUAGACAUCAGGGAGACAGAAGACUGCCACAAAGCUUUCGCCUUAGUUGUGCGGCCACCUACAGAACACAACAACAAGCUACUCAGUUUCCAGAUGACAACUGAAGAACCUCCUAAAGAAGAUUGGUUGAAGAUGUUGUGUCGGCAGGUGGCUAACACAAUUUGUAAAGCAGAUGCAGAAAAUCUUAUUUAUACUGCUGAUCCUGAUUCAGUUGAAGUAAAUACUAAAGAUAUGGACAGUACUUUAAGCAGAGCAUCUAGAGCAAUAAAGAAAACAUCAAAGAAGGUUACAAGAGCAUUUUCCUUCUCAAAAACACCGAAGAGAGCUCUUCGAAGGGCUUUAAUGUCACAUAGUGCAACGGAAGGAAGAAGUCCCAGUUCGGCUAAUGAGAAUUAUAUAGGCAGCCGCCUGACCAGUGCGUCGUCAUUAGCAGGUAUUCCUUCUCCUUCCUUGGUCAGCCUUCCCUCAAUCUUUGAAAAGAGGAGUCAUACGUUAAGUCGAUCAACAACCCACUUGAUAUGAAGGAGGCUUAAAAUGCAAUGCCGUAUCAUGGUGACUGACAAACAGCUGGCUGUUCGAAUGACCUGUUGCUGACAUUAAUGGUACCUUAGUCAUUAGCACUUAGCAAUGAUUAGCAUAAUGUUAGGUAACACUAAGUUAAUCACAAAGGUGUUUUUAGUUGUAUUGAUGCAGAUCAUCUAAUCAGUGGAAUAAGUAACUUGGUCUUCAUUUAAGACCCGGUAUUCCCUUGCACAAGUUUUUCACUGACAUAAUGGAAUCAUUUUCUUUUAUGGAAACUGGCCCCUCUAAGCAAUAAACUAGUUUACCAGCUUUCGAAACAAGGAUGUUGAUCACAACUUACCGCUAGUUUGGAUGACUCUCAUGCUCACCAGACUUCAUCAGUUAGCUGAAGGCUCUAAUGUUCAAGAUGUUGAUUUCUUAAAUGGAGAUGCAUUAUGAAGUAUCUGACCUUUAAAGUAUGACAGUUAACCUGUUGUACAGCUGCUUAUUCCAGAUAUUUUAUUAUUCCAGAUAUUUUAUAAACGUAGCUGUUUGUGAAGAAAUAGAAUUGAGUUCUUCUGACUAUGGUCAUCUGCAGCCUCACUGUAACACAGUGGUAUGUUGUUUAAUUUGAACAGUAAGCUUAAAGGGUAUGACUAGCUUUGUCCACAAAAAGUGAUUAAGAAAAAAGACAUCUUUGAGAUGUAAGCUCAAGAAGAGUAAUUACAUUCUCUUGCAUUACUAAGGGCUGUUUAAAAGUAAACAAUGAAAAAAGAAACAACUUCUAAAAACUUGGUUAACAGCUCACUAUUUAAUGCAUUGAGAUUAUUGGUGUGACAUUGUAAUCUAAGGGCCCAACUUUGGUGUGUUAAAUUUCAGGUGUACUCCUAAGGCUUUUGUCUGGCUUUCUCGUGUAUCUGUGUUGUCCUUCAUAACUACAUCUCCUCUCAAGAGUCAGUAUGAUUCAAUGCUAUCUCAGGAACCAUCUGAAUAGAUAUGUAUAUUUCUGCAUUUCUUUAACGGUUUAACUGUCUGUAUUAGCAGGAGUGUUAAACUUCUGGUAUCUUCUCAACCACCAGUGUCCUGUCUUAUGUCUAUAUGUAAUUAGUGAUGUUUCUGAAUCUGUCAGACUGUAAACAGUUUUUUAUAUCUUUUUUUGCCAAUCCAAGCGAUGUAAAUAAACUGGUUAAAAUAACACUGCUUAUGGCUUUGCUGAAGAGGAUUUUAUGAAAGUCUGUCUUUUUGCUUAAAAAAAAUGUGUUGAGUUCCAGCCUACAAAUGUACUCUAAUAAAGUAUAUAGCUAUUUUUAAUAAGGUAUACAGCUUGGUAAGUCUGAAUCUGCCAAACUGAACCUUUUAUUUUCUUAAUAUGUCUGCUAUUCUACCUUCUUUCACUGGAUGUAUAUCCAUGGGUGUUUGUCUUUAUCCAUUCAAAGCAAACAUCUGAACUAAAUAUGCACUGACACUUAUGUAAUGAAAUAUCUCUAGGAAAGAAACCAUUCAAUAAAUACUAUGCUUAAAAUAUCAA